CCGCCUCCGCGAUCGCAAACCCGGAAGAAGCCUCCGGUAGCUGUACUGUGCCGGCCGGCCUGGCACUGCCAUGCAUUCCAUGGAGGUAGGUCUGGUUCCCGCUCCAUCGAGGGAACCGAGACUGACCCGCUGGCUGCGGAGAGGCAGUGGGAUCUUGGCGCACCUGAUAGCUUUGGGCUUCACCAUCUUUCUGACAGUGCUGUCCCGGCCCGGAACCAGUCUUUUCUCCUGGCACCCUGUGUUCAUGGCCUUGGCGUUCUGUCUCUGCAUGGCUGAAGCGAUCCUACUCUUCUCACCUGAGCACUCCCUGUUUUUCUUCUGCUCUCGAAAGACCCGGAUUCGACUCCACUGGGCAGGGCAGACCAUGGCCAUCCUCUGUGCUGCCGUAGGCUUGGGCUUCAUCAUUUCCAGCAAGAUCCGAAGUGAGCUGUCCCAUCUGGUGUCCUGGCACAGCUGGAUGGGAGCCCUGACACUGUUGGCCACUGGAGGACAGGCACUGUGUGGGCUGGGCCUCCUCUGUCCACGAGCAGCCCGGGUCUCAAGGGUGGCUCGCCUCAAGCUCUACCAUAUGACAUGUGGCCUGGUUGUCUACCUGAUGGCUACAGUAACGGUGCUCUUGGGCAUGUACUCAGUGUGGUUCCAGGCUCAGAUCAAAGGUGCAGCCUGGUACCUGUGCCUGGUACUACCAUUGUACCCAGCCCUGGUGAUUAUGCACCAGAUCUCCAGCUCCUACUUGCCAAGGAAGAAAGUGGAUAUAUGAAUGCCUCCAAACUCUGAAUCUAGGUGGGAUGCUUGCCUUGGAUUUCAAGGAUCUUGGUGAUCUUCACGGGACCCACUUCAGAAGUAGAUGCAUUUUUGCACUUCAUGGCUGAGCCACAUCGUGCAGAAACCCUAGCUGCUGUUGUUUGAGGCAUGAUCCAGUGGGCUCAAAUAGGGAAAUGUCCUACUGUGUGCACGUGAAGGUUAUGGAGAACCUGAAGCCUCACUCUUGAUGAGAGACAGAAGUAUUAGGUGGUGGUGGUGGUGGUGGUGGUGGUGGUGGCAGUGGCGGUGGUGGCGAUUUCUUGCUUGUGUGCCUGAUGAAGAGUUCUUUUAAAUUAUGAAUGGCAGCCACAGACACUGGGGUCCCUGUCGAGAAAGCAGUGCUAUGGAGAGCCCAUGAUCUCUUAGGCAGUGUACGAUCAACCUUAGACAAGUUCCACGUGACAGGACCUCAGUUUUUGCAUCAGAAAGUCCCUUAUCUUUAACAUUGGUGUCUGACAGAUUGAUGUCAAUGAUAUCCUCUUAGCUCUGGACCAUGUGGGCAGCUUAGGGUGUAAUUCUUUCAUCCACUCUCCCUUUACUCCCUGGAAGGACCCUUCAGAAAUCAUGCUGACUUGGCUCCUGAACCAAGAAACAAGGACCACGAACUGUGGAAGAAGGAACCCAGGUGAGGGUCUCCUGGACAGUAAGGCAGUAAAGGCACUAAAGUCACUUUAAAGCUCUCUGGAGGAACUGAAGGCAUUGGCCUCACCAAGCUCUUUACUCUCGGGCUCCUUAGCUGAGCUAAGACCUCUCUUCUGGCUACCUCUGGGUAUCUCCUGACAUUCAUUCUCAGGGCAGAGUGGCCCUGGGCAUCUUACACUUUGCCCUUAGGGCUUAAAGAGUGUUUUCUCAGCACAUCACUCCGUGGAACUAUUCUGAAGCUUUUAGAACAAAAUAAAAACCAAAGGAGUUGGCACCUCUCGACCUAAGGAAAA